AUGACUACGGAAGAACCACACAGCUUUAACAUAGACAAUGAACACAUUGAAAUUGUUAAAGAUUUUGUUUAUCUUGGUUCAGUCAUAAGUUUAAAUGUAGACUGUAGCCAAGAAAUCAAGAGAAGACUUAGAUUUGGAAGGGCAGUAAUGAAGGAAUUAGAAAAAUCAUCAAGGAUUGUGUUCCACUGUUUUCUGGCCCCCAUAAUUUCUGGUGAGAAGUCAGCAGUUAAUCUCCAGAACCGCGUCAACCAAACUAAUUUCUCCUCUGUCACAGAGUUCCUGUUGCUGGGAUUCUCCAGCUUUGGAGAAAUUCAGCUCAUCCUCUUUGCUGUUUUUCUGUGCCUCUAUCUGAUUAUCCUGAGUGGGAACAUCACCAUUGUCACUGUCAUCUGCCUGGAUCACAGCCUCCACAUACCUAUGUACCUCUUCCUAGGGAUCCUCUCCAUCUCUGAGACAUGCUACACCUUCGUCAUCCUACCCAAGAUGCUCAUAAAUCUUUUAUCUCUACUCAGAACAAUCUCAUUUAUUAACUGUGCCACUCGGAUGUUUUUCUUCCUUGGUUUUGCUAUCACCAAUUGCAUGCUACUUGGGGUCAUGGGUUAUGACCACUAUGCUGCCAUCUGUCAUCCACUUCGGUACCCUCUCCUUAUGAGCUGGCAGGUGUGUGGACAACUGGCAGCCACUUGUGCUGUGAUUGGUUUUUUGUUCUCACUGAUAGGCUCCCUCUUAGUCUUUGAACUCCCUUUCUGUGGCCCCAACAAGAUCAACCACUACUUCUGUGACAUCACACCAGUUAUCCGGCUUGCCUGUACUGAUACCUACAUCAGUGAACGGGUCAUCUUCAUUGGUGGAGUUCUGGUGCUCAUAGUUCCCCUGACUUUCAUUUGCAUCUCUUAUGGCUUCAUUGUUUGUACCACCCUGAGGAUCCCAUCAGCUGAAGGCAAGCGAAAAGCCUUCUCCACUUGUGCCUCCCAUCUUACUGUAGUCAUUGUCCACUAUGGCUGUUCCUCCUUUGUCUACCUGCGACCAUCAGCCAAGUACUCAUCCAGCAAAGAUAAGCUUGUGACAGUGACCUACACAGUUGUGACUCCAUUGUUGAACUCCAUGGUAUAUAGCCGCAGGAACAAGGAUGUCCAGGUGGCCAUUUGGAAAGUGAUUGGCAGAGGAGGAUUUUAUCCUAAAGCUCUGUAA